GUGACAAAAAGAGAGGGUUAGGGCUUUUCCAAAAACCCCUUGAUUCUUCUCAGAGCUUCUACACGCUCUCUUUCACUCUUUUGCUUUGCAUUUUUGGUUGAGAGAUCUGGUACAACCGUGAAGUGAAACAAAAAAUGGCGCUCGCUUUCGACGAGUUCGGGAGGCCAUUCAUAAUCAUCAAAGAGCAAGAGCAGAAGACGAGGCUGAGAGGACUCGAAGCUCAGAAGGCCAACAUUUCCGCUGGAAAAGCCAUCGCUCGCAUCCUCAAAACCUCGCUCGGUCCCAAAGGCAUGGACAAGAUGCUCCAGAGCCCCGACGGUGACGUCACCAUCACCAACGAUGGUGCAACAAUCUUGGAGCAGAUGGAUGUUGACAAUCAAAUUGCAAAGCUGAUGGUUGAGUUAUCUCGGAGUCAGGAUUAUGAGAUUGGUGAUGGCACCACUGGAGUUGUUGUCAUGGCCGGUGCACUUUUAGAGCAGGCUGAGCUGCUUUUAGAACGUGGUAUUCAUCCCAUUCGGAUUGCAGAGGGUUAUGAAAUGGCUUCUAGGAUAGCUUUUGAGCAUAUGGAGAAGAUAGCUCAGAAGUUUGAUUAUGGAGUUUCAAAUUUUGAGCCUUUGGUUCAAACCUGCAUGACUACUUUAUCCUCGAAGAUUGUCAAUCGAUGCAAGCGCAAUUUGGCUGAGAUUGCUGUCAAAGCAGUUCUUGCUGUGGCUGAUUUAGAGAGGAAGGAUGUUAACUUAGAUUUGAUAAAAGUUGAGGGGAAAGUAGGGGGGAAGUUGGAGGAUACUGAGCUAAUCUACGGAAUUUUGGUUGACAAGGAUAUGAGCCAUCCACAGAUGCCAAAGCAAAUAGAAGAUGCAAAAAUUGCUAUCUUGACUUGCCCCUUUGAGCCACCAAAGCCAAAGACUAAACAUAAGGUUGACAUUGAUACGGUAGAAAAGUUCCAGAAUUUACGGCAGCAAGAACACAAGUAUUUUGAUGAUAUGGUUCAACAAUGCAAGGAUGUUGGUGCUACCUUGGUUAUCUGCCAAUGGGGUUUUGAUGAUGAAGCGAAUCAUUUAUUGAUGCACAGGAACUUGCCUGCUGUCAGAUGGGUUGGUGGUGUGGAGUUAGAACUAAUAGCAAUAGCCACGGGUGGAAGAAUUGUGCCAAGGUUCCAAGAGUUGACUCCUGAAAAGUUAGGAAAGGCUGGUUUGGUUCGAGAAAAAGCGUUUGGUACAACAAAAGAUCGGAUGCUAUACAUUGAACAUUGUGCAAACUCAAGGGCUGUAACCAUAUUUAUUCGUGGAGGUAACAAAAUGAUGAUAGAGGAGACAAAGCGCAGUAUUCAUGAUGCCUUGUGUGUUGCUAGGAAUCUCAUUCGCAACAAUAGAAUUGUGUAUGGUGGUGGCUCAGCUGAGAUUUCUUGCUCAAUUGCUGUGGAGGCAGCUGCAGAUAGACACCCAGGAGUUGAGCAGUAUGCCAUCAGAGCAUUUGCGGAUGCUUUGGAUGCUGUACCCAUGGCACUUGCAGAGAAUAGUGGCCUCCAACCCAUUGAAACGCUAUCUGCUGUGAAGUCGCAGCAAAUCAAGGAGAACAAUCCCUACUGUGGGAUAGAUUGCAAUGAUGUUGGCACUAACGACAUGCGUGAGCAAAAUGUGUUUGAGACUCUGAUUGGGAAGCAGCAGCAGCUCCUGCUGGCAACUCAAGUUGUCAAGAUGAUUUUGAAAAUUGACGACGUCAUCUCACCUUCUGAAUAUUGAUAUGUCCGGGACUAAGAUCUAUAGUUCUGCUUCACUUGAGCUCAUAGUAUCUUGUUAGCUUGAUUUUGUGUAUUGAGUGACUCCGGAGACCAUAUGAAACACUGUUGCUUAUAAAUUUUGGAGUGCCUUUGAUUGAUAUUGUAGUAUGAUUUCUCGUGUUUAAUAUGUUGUUGAUUUUGUUGUUAUCCUUUGAAAUGAAAAUGAUGGCUAUUUACCCUGUGA